UAGUUGAGUUCGUCGAGCGGUCAGGUUGCCCGGCGGUCCGGUAGUCGUAGUCGCAGUCGAGCUUCAAGUGUCCAGCGGUAAACCCGUCGUCGCGCUGUCGGAGAAGCUUACAAAAACCCGUGGCUCGGAGAGUGAGCGAGAUAGAGCGGCGGGGGUGUUACAGAGUGCGAGUGGGAUAGCCGUAGAUGCGGCGCUGCUUUCAAUGACGCGACAACAAAAGCAAUUAACAAAAUUCGCGUACGAAAUCGAGCGACAACAACAGCAACAGCCAUUUGGCCUUCUCCAUAUUGGCAGCGGCCUAGUGCCGGCAAAAACAACAACACCAACAACCAUAAAAACAAAUUGUUUGUGAUUAAAUAAACAAAAACAAGAUCAGUAAAAAAUAAAACUAAGUCAAAAAGCAUAUAAAAGGAGAGACAAUGACCGUCUCAUAUGCGGGUGAAGUGCCAAAUGGAAGCAGCUUUGGCUGCUUCUGGAAGAUCCUAUGGAAAUGGCGCGGCAGCGUUUACAAAUUGGUGUGGCGCGAAUUAAUUGCGUAUUUGUGUUUAUACUAUACCAUAAAUGUUAUCUAUAGAUUUGGCCUGACGGAAAGUCAGCAGUCAAUAUUUAAGAAAAUCCGCCUGUACUUUAGUCAGCAGGGUGAGAGUAUACCCAUGUCCUUUGUGUUGGGCUUCUAUGUAAAUCUGGUGGUGAAACGUUGGUGGGAGCAAUAUCGUCUCUUACCCUGGCCAGAUACGUUGGCCCUGUUCAUCAGUGCGGCCAUUCCCAACUCUAAUGGAGGUGUUAAUAACGAAACAGGUCGCCUGAUGCGUCGCAAUAUCAUGCGCUAUAUGGUUCUGGCCUAUGUGAUUACCCUGCAGAGAAUUUCCCUGCGCGUCAAGCGUAGAUUUCCCACCACCCAGCAUCUGGUGGAUGCGGGCUUGAUGCACGAAUCCGAGAUGAAAAUCUUUGAGGCUUUGAAUGCCAAGAGUCCCAUGUCCAAGUACUGGAUGCCCCUGGUCUGGGCCACAAAUAUAAUCAAUCGAGCUAGGAAAGAUGGCCUUAUAGCCUCGGAUCACAUAGUGCAGACCAUAUUGGUGGAACUCUCGGAUAUACGUAGACGUUUGGGUGGCCUAAUAGGCUACGAUACGGUCUGUGUUCCUUUGGUCUACACGCAGGUGGUCACCCUGGUGCUGUAUACCUACUUUAUAGCCGCCCUUUUGGGCCGCCAAAUGUUGCCCCAAGUCCUUGAUCGCAAUGGUCGCGAGGAUCCCGAUCUGUUUUUUCCCCUCUUCACCGUUUUGCAGUUUGUUUUCUACGUGGGCUGGCUGAAAGUGGCCGAGGUGCUAAUCAAUCCCUUUGGCGAAGAUGACGAUGAUAUCGAGCUCAAUUGGCUCAUUGACCGGCACAUUAAGGCCGCCUACAUGAUCGUGGACGAGAUGCACGAGGAGCAUCCGGAGCUGCUGCGCGAUCAGUACUGGGAAUGUGUGGUGCCCAAGGAUCUGCCUUAUACCGUGGCCUCGGAGCAUUAUCGCAAGGACGAGCCCAAGGGAUCGGCGGAGAAGUACAAGGUGAAGAAGGAGGAUGCCAUGUAUGCCAAUAUAAUGCCCGGAGGAGGCAAAAGGAUGCUCAGCGAUGAUGUCUAUGCGGAUUAUGAAAGCGUGGACACUCCCAUGGUGGAGCGGCGGAAAAACAACUGGCUGGUGCGUCAGCUCUCCCGCAUGGGUUCAAUGCGUAGCCAGUCCACGGCCUACUCCUCCGGCGGACUGCCCUUUAACCGAAACCGCCUGAACUCUGUGUAUUCUAGUCCCGAGUCUGGACUGCCUCUAACCAUCCUGCAGCAGCAGCAAUUGCAGCAGGCGCAGCAGCAGCAGCAACAACAGGCCGGCUCGCAGCCUAGUAAAUCGAGUCUUUAUGGCAAGUUUGUGCAUCGCAAGUCGAUCAGAGCUCAGAGGCAAUUGAUCAAGCAGAACUCCAAACUCAAUGGCUUAAAUGUAAAUGUGGCCAAGACCACUAGGCCCAGGAUACCAACGCCCGAGGUGACCAAGGAUGGCAAUACCAAUCCAGCCACCAGCUCGAUUUUAAUGGCACCCCAGCAGCUGAGCACAACCAGCGCACCUCCACCGGGCAUGUACCCCUCCUCCUACGCACCCGACACCCUACUGCACCACCAGGAGAGCGGCCAGGUGCUGGGCACACUGCUGCUCUCACCCAUCAAAGAGAUGGAUAGCUCAUCGUCCAAUAACACUUUGAUUCCAGGACAUCCAGCCACAGCAGCCUUGGCAGCCAGCAUGAAAGAGGGUUAUGCGGCAAGCAAUAUCCCGGCAGCCACGAACAUCACCACGCUUUCCUUCCCCUUCACCGUGACCACCACCAGCGGUGGAGAAACCAUGCCCACGGGUACUUUGAGCAUCCUGCCCAUUACGGCCAAUGCCCAGUUGCCCACCAUUACCACCACGGCCAGUGGCUAUGAUCAAAACGAUGUGAUCACCACGAUUCCGGUAUCCUUGUCCAUUCAGCGAUCCCCCUCCUCGUUGUCCAUUGUGGAGCUAACCGGCGGCGAUGUCCAAGAUGGCUAUGGCAACAGUGGCUCCAGCAAUGGCAAUGGUGGUGGCGGCAUCACCACCACAGCCUUGCUCUCCGUGAAACCCUUGAAUGGUCAUUCGAACAUCUCUAGGAACAACAGCUUCAACUUGAGCCUGAAUCUGCAGGAUCAGCAGCAGCAGCGAUCUUCGGUGAGAUCGACAGGACCAACGGAUACCGUGGACACGGCGGCCUCGUUGCCCACGAUAAGUUUGUCGCAGAAGCCCACGGAAACGGGAGGAUCUUCGGCUCCUUCGACGCUGGCCAAGCACAAGCCGGAGCAGAAGACGGGAGAGGUGUAUGUGUGACACCGGCAGGGAGGAGAAGCAGAGAAGAUGAGCCACGUAAUUAGGUUUAAGGCCCACCCGGAACCAAUAAGAUGAUAUUAACUGUAGCCAUGGUUUUAUCUAAUUAAGAUAUAAACUGGAUUUUUUACAACAAUUUUAAGAGAGUUAGAAGGACAAUUUGAAGAACAGAUAGAAAGUUAUGCAGAUAUGACACUGUAUAUUUAAAAAAAUAGAAAAAACUAAUGAAGUUUCUAAUGAAAACUAUUCAUAGUUAAAGUUGUAAAAGUCUUUUCAAACUAAAGUUGCUUCUUAUCAAAACUUUAAUGAAUUAUUUUAAAAUAAUUUCUAUACAAUGUCAUAGCUGCAUUUUUAGGGAAGAUGAAGGCUUCAUGAAGUAGCUACCCCAAAAUAUAUAAAUAAACCACAGUCUUAACAGAGUCCAAGUCCAGCUCAAUAAAAUUCUAGAAAAAUGCAAUAAUCAGAAUACCAUAUAAUACAGUAACUGUAUAGUUUAUUGUACAUACUUAGUAUAUAUUUUAUAAGAAAUUGACUUAUUGUUUUUUGGCACUUGCCAUAUGUCUUAGCUAAGCGUUAAAUUCUGCGCGAAUCUUUGUAAAGAAUCUCUAUCUCGUGUAGGCCGUGUAAAUACUUGUAAACCAACACAGUAUGUGAUAUGCGAUUGUUAUCCAGCUAGAGAUAUCUGUUUUUUAAGAAUAAGUUUAUAUAUUUUGUAAAAAAUAAUCCCACUAAAUGUAAUGUAUAGGAAAUCUAUGCCUUGUACAGACGAAGAGGCAACCUCUUGUAGUUAUAUAUCUAUACCUUUAAAAUAAAAUCGAUCCACUUAACAAGA